AUGGCUCUGUGUGGCAGAAUUUGGGCCCUGCUGCUGGUGCUGGCUGAGGUGCACUGGGCGACGGGUGUAUUGGAAAAGGAGUGCCUGACACACAAGAAGUGCGACUUUGUGUGCGACUGUUUGGAAUGCAGCGAUGAGCAAAACUGCGGCUACAACGGGGACUUUGUGUGUGAUUUUGAGGAUGCGGCGAUGUGUGGCUGGGAGGACCAGUCUGUGAGCUCCCAGUACACCUGGGAGAGACGCCAGCGGGGAGCCAGCCUGCCCGACAGUGGACCAUCCUCCGACUACACAACUGGCACCUCCUCAGGGUGGUUCAUGGGAGUGACACAAGUGAACACAGAUACCCUCAGUACAGCCAUGCUGGUGUCUCCCAUGAUGAAGCAAUCAGCACUCACCUGCCAGCUCAGGCUCAGAUACUUCAUAUGGGACUCAGGCCACACGGGGCUGGACGGGGGCGCACUGUGGGGGGUGCUGCAGCGGGCGGACGGGGAGCAGGCCGUGGUGUGGCGGCCCCAGACGUCCAGUUUCCGGGGGUGGAGGGAGGACACCGUCUACCUGGGCCGCGUAUCCCAGGGCUUCCGUCUCCACCUGCACUCCCGCCGGAAGCAGGGGCAUCCUGGAGACGUGGCCAUCGACCAGCUGGAGUUCCUGAACUGCGGCCUGCCUGCCCCUCAGCACGGGCACUGUGAGUACAAGUGCCACAGGGGGAGUUGUGUGGAGUGGCACCAGAUCUGCGAUGGCUCUGAUGACUGUGGUGAUGGCACUGAUGAGGCAGACUGUGGUGGGUACUGGGGCUGUGACUUUGAGGAAGACCUCUGUGGGUGGGACCUGAGGACAUUUUCCUCACUGAAAUGGAGCAGGACCAAUCAGCACCAGCUACCUUUGUCCUCUAGUGAUCCCAGAGUUGGUCCGGGCCGAGACCACAGCACUAACAGUGCCUCAGGUUCCUUCCUAUACCUUACCAAACCAGAAAGCCUGAAGGAUGAUUGGUCAAAUUUUCAGAGCCCUGUCCUAGAAGCGACCAAUAGCACGCAUCCAUGCCAGAUGGUGCUGUACACGCACCAGUUCGGGCCCCGGUCAGGGGGGCUGUCUGUGAUGGUGGUGGAUGGCGGGAUGUACCCUGUGUGGGAGAGGGGAAGACAGCUGGAAGACCUCUGGGUGAAGGCGCGGGUAGAGCUCGUCAUUAACGCCACCUUCCAGCUUGUGCUGGUGGGUGCCAUAAGGGAUGAAGAAUUUGGCGGGAUCGCUGUGGACAGCAUCAGAAUGUCACCAGGUUGUCGGAUCAUCAAUGAGUCCUCCCCAGCGGUGACCCACCCCAGUCCCCCCAGCCACCCCUGCACUUCCAGUGAGAAGAUGUGUGACUUUCACCAAGACUGUGCGAUCUCUGAAGACGAGGCCAAAUGUGGAGACUUCUCUUAUGCUCAGGGCAUCACUGGCUGGACUGACACCAGUAUUGGGACACAAGGCUGGUCUCAGAACCAACCACAGAAUGGGUCCUCGCAAGGUGCUUAUCUCUACGUGACUGAGUUCCCAGGGCAGCAGCUGACCGAGGCUCAAACUCGCACUCCUCUCCUGGGCCCGUCUGGCCCAGCCUGCACCCUAGAGUUCUCCUACAAUCUGAGCGGGAACAACUCCCACAUCGGCGAGCUGUCCGUCAGUGUGAUCGACGGGUUUCUGGGGACCCGGUCUCGCCUGUGGGAGGCCGCCGGGAAGACUGAGGGCGAGGGGCUGAAGGCGAAGGUGUACAUCGGUGCUCGGGGCCACCGCUUCCAAUUGGAACUGGGGGCCCUCGCCAAAUACAAACAUGCUCAAAUAGUUGUGACAGAUGUCCGCUUUCUCAACUGUCACGCACAAGAUCUGCCAGCUACUAACCAAGACCUAUACUGCAACUUUGAGACCGAUAGUUGCAAGUGGUAUCAGGACCAGUCUGACAACUUUGACUGGACUCUGCUGAAUGGAAUGGACCACACUAUAGGCAUCGGUAGAAGUCUGGUUGUGGACAUGUGGAACUCUUCUCUCCGAGGGCUGACUGCUCGCUUGUUGUCCUUCCCUCACGCCGCCACAGAGACUGAAUACUGCCUGUCCUUCUUCUACAAACUCUACGGCCCUCAGACAGGUUCCCUCAACGUGAAGUUGCUCUCGGGCGGGGAUGAGGUCCUGGUCUGGACGCGCGGAGGUGCCCAUGGCAACCAAUGGCUCCAGGGCCUUUGCCCCAUCCCCCACCAGCACAUCCAAUUUCAGGUCGUCUUUGAGGUGAUUCGUUCUGGGUUUGAUGGACAGGUUGGGAUAGAUGACGUGUCGCUUCUGGCCCGCCCCUGCUCAGUUCCAUUCGCCUGCUCCUUCGAGGGCCAGACCUGUAGCUAUAUCUCCUCUGGCUCCUCCCGCUGGGUCCACCAGAACAAGAUCUCCGGUGGGGUGACGCCCAGCCCCAAAUCCGACCACACCCUGGAGACGGAGCAGGGGUACUAUAUGAUUGUGGACAGCAGCGCAAAGUUCCUUCCUGUGGGUGAUGUCGCAACUCUCACCUCUCGGAUGCGCAACAGUGCCCCCCACACAGAGUGUGUUAAUUUCUGGUAUCACAUGGGGGGAAACAAGCCAGGCACUCUGAAUGUGUAUGUCAAGCCUGAAGUUGGUGAGACGAGAACAAAGAUCUUCUCCACCAGCCUAAACCAGGGGGAAGGUUGGCGCCAUGCCAAUGGCAACAUCAGCAGCUCUGAGUCCUGGCAGCUGCAGUUCGAGGUGGUGGGGGCAGGCGGCAAUCAAGUGCACAUUGCCAUUGACGACAUUGCCAUCUCAGCUGAAAGCUGUCCACCACGAGAUGCAAAGUGCACUCUGGAGAAAGGUCUAUGUGGCUGGUCCAACACUCAGUCUAGGGAUCAGCUGGACUGGGAGGUGACCAGCCCAGCACAAGAGAAACACUACUCCACUCCGCCCCUUGACCAUACCCUGCAGUCAGAGACAGGUCACUUCCUGCUCCUUCCCAGCAGCACCCGGGACACGGCAGGUCAGAAGGCGUGGCUGCUGAGCCCUCACCUGGCACCCACGCUCGGCACCUGCCUAAGGUUCUGGGUUCACAAGCCCGAAUCCCAUGAAGGUGAUCUGUUGGUGGUGAGGCUGUUUGGAGAGGACCAGGUGCAGCUGCUGAGUGUGGGCCAGGUUAUUGAAGUGUGGAGACGCUUUGACAUCGACAUAAUCUCUCAGGAGGAAUACCAGAUUGUGUUUCAGGGGGUGAAAGGGAGGAACAGUCCAUUGGCUCUGGAUGAUAUUCAGUACACACCAGGAGUCAAUUGUGCGGGGGAGAACACAGACACAAAACCCCCACCCCCUUCUGAUGACAACGGCGGGAUCGCAGCGUCAGUCAUUGUGAUGCUGCUGCUCGUGGUCACUCUGGCUGGCCUGCUGGCGUUUUACCUGCGGAGGAAGCAAAAUGCCGGCCCCUCGGGGGAAGCCCAGACACAAGUCAGCUGUGGCAUCGCCAAUGAAGCAUACGAUCCAAAGACCACACAGGACCAAGUGACUGUGCCCCCAGUCAACAGUAAGCCAGAAGACGGAUUUGAUAACGCUUCAUUUCAUAUUGGUUCAGAGGAGCGAGCGAUUGUGUAGAGGGAGGAAGAGAGGCCACUGGCGCCAUCGUGACAUCACACCAGGAGAACUGCUUGUGUCAUGUUGUACUGCGUCAACCUAGUUGCACGCACACUCCUCCUACAGAUACAUACAGUAUAUAAACAAAGCGCUGAUAUGUAGAUCCUGUCGCAAGUGACAUGGAAGACCUGUCACAUUCAAGACAUUGUGCGCAGAAGUGCGAACAUAAGUAAAGAUAAUCACAUUGUAAUGUAAAGGCAUCAUGAAUACGAAAUAACACAAAUAUUCCAACCCCUACACAUCACCUUCUACAGCAUCAAACUGUCUUACGGCCAGGCAGGGCGAUUGCAGGAUUGACAGGGACACCUUUAAAGUGUAAGAUCAGAAAUAUGUGAUUAGAACGUUUUUAACCCAACAUCCCAUUGCUGAUGCAACAAUGACUACUGGUAACUGAAAGGAAUGGAGUUCUAGAGAAUUCAGGGGUUUUACUGUAAGUGGGGUAUGGAAGCAAGCAGUCUGCAGAGCAGAGCAGGACAUUGCUCUCUGGUCUAGGAUUACCCCAGUGACAAAGGCAGAGCUUAGUGAAAACAGAUUUCUCACGUUUUGGCUCAAAAAAUGCACCGCUUUACAAUGAAGUGACUGGACGUGCAGAUUCUUACUGUACAAUAUUCAGAAAUCCGUCCCUUCCUCAUUGCCUGCACAACCCAGCUCUUAGUCCAGGCACCAAUCAUCUCCUGUCUGGACUACUGCAACUCCCUCCUUGCAGGCCUCCCUACCACUGCCAUCAGACCUCUGCAGCUCAGAAUGCUGCUGCUCUCCUGAUCUACAACGUCCUCAGACUCAGCACCAUCCUUUCCAUCUCCCUCCACUGGCCACCUGUUUCACCUGUAUCGGCUCUCUUCAAAUUCAAACCCUUGCUGCUAGCCUGUUUGACAAAGGGACAACUCCGUUGGAUCAUCGUUAUCACCCAACACACCUACUGUACCAGACCCCUCCAUCCAGCUAUUUUCGGUUGGCUGGCUUCACCACUGCGUAUCUGCACUUACAGGCCAGGCCUCUUGUUUGUUCUGGCCCCACUGGACCUGGUGGCGGAAUGAGCUUCCCACUGCAGUCAGUAGAAACCCUGGAAAUCUUCUGGCACAGACUGAAGACUCACCUCUUCAGACAGCACCUUGGCUCCCCUGACCCCCUUUCAAUAACCUGUCUUUCUCUCUUUCAUACUUUGGAUUUCCUUUUGGAUAAUGUUGUAGUUAUAGCUGUGUAAUGAUCAGUUAUCUGUCUUGCAGUACUUUGUUUAGUUUAAAAUACAAAUGUUUGUAAAGUUAACGUUACACUUGAUGAUUAUGCAUAUUUUUCACGUUUUUCAUAUCAUCA